GUGUGUACGUGGUUGUGUGUGUGUGUGUAGUUGGUUCAUUUCCUCACUUUUUCUCUGAGGCCUCUGACACAAACAAACCUCCUGCUGCUCGCUCGGAUUCGAACCGCACCAGGUUAACAAACUGUGUUCGUCUCUUUGGUCGCGGGACACGUUCGAGUCCAGGUCGAAGUUGGACUAACAGGAGAAGAAGGAGAAGAGGAGGCGACAGAGGAGGAGAAGGAGCAGCAGCAGCAGAAGGAGAGAACGAGGAGGUGGAGGAGGAACAGGGCGUUCGGACGAAGUGGCCAUGGAGGUUCCUGGUAUGCAGAGCUCCCAGAUCGAUCCUGAGGAGUUGUUCACUAAACUAGAUCGUAUCGGAAAAGGAUCGUUUGGAGAGGUGUUCAAAGGCAUCGAUAACCGCACUCAGAGCGUUGUUGCCAUAAAGACCAUCGACCUGGAGGAGGCGGAGGACGAGAUCGAGGACAUCCAGCAGGAGAUCACGGUCCUCAGUCAGUGCGACAGCCCCUACAUCACCAAGUACUUCGGCUCCUACCUGAAGGGCAGUAAACUAUGGAUCAUCAUGGAGUAUCUGGGUGGAGGCUCAGCUCUGGACUUGCUGCGGGCGGGUCCGUUCGACGAGUCUCAGAUCGCCACCAUGUUGAAGGAGAUCCUGAAGGGUCUGGACUACCUGCACUCGGAGAAGAAGAUCCACAGAGACAUCAAAGCCGCCAACGUGCUGCUGUCGGAGCACGGCCAGGUGAAGCUGGCGGACUUCGGUGUGGCCGGUCAGCUGACGGACACGCAGAUCAAGAGGGAGACCUUCGUGGGGACGCCCUUCUGGAUGGCUCCAGAGGUCAUCCAGCAGUCCGCCUACGACUCCAAGGCCGACAUCUGGUCGCUGGGCAUCACGGCCAUCGAGCUCGCCAAAGGUGAACCCCCGAACUCGGACAUGCACCCGAUGCGAGUUCUGUUCCACAUCCCCAAGUCUCCACCGCCCACGCUCACCGGAGAGUUCUCCAAGAGCUUCAAAGAGUUCACAGAGGCCUGUCUCAACAAGGACCCCACCUUCCGUCCCACAGCGAAGGAGCUCCUCAAACACAAGUUCAUCAUCAAAUACUGUAAGAAGACGUCCUACCUCAGCGAGUUGAUUGACAGGUACAGGAGGUGGAAGGAGGAGGGGCACAGCGGCAGCAGCUCCGACGACUCCGACAGUGAGUCCAGUAACAAGGAGAACAGUGAGUCUCCUGAAUGGUCUUUCACCACCGUUCGUAAGAAGAAGACCGAGGGCAGGAAGGUUCUCAACGGAACGGUUCCGGAACAGUUGAGUAAAUCAACCAGUCUGACCACAGUCAUCUCUCCUGUCUUCACCGAGUUGAAGCAGCAACACAAGGAGCACUCCGAGCAGCGCCACGCCAUCGAGGAGCUGGAACGCAACAUCCGAUUGGCCGAGGACGUGUGUCCAGGCAUCACGGACAGGAUGGUCACACACAUCAUUGCCAGGUACCAGAAAUUCACGACCAACUGAAGGACGGACGGACGGAGAGAAGGACGGACGGAGAGAAGGACGGGUGUGAAGUGAAGACUGUCCCCGUACGGUGACGCUGCUGGACGAUCGGAUACGAAGGAGAUUUGCUGUGCGAUGUCUCCUCGCUGUACACACACCUACACACCUAGACACACACACCAACACACACACACACACUACUAAUGUAAUAUAUACACUAUAUAUUAUGUAUAUAUUUUUUUUUCACUGCCGCUGGUUGAACCUUUCCCCCCCCCCACGUCGGAAUCGAAAGACGGCUGCACUUUGGAUGAACUGAUAUUUGUGAGUCGGUCGGACUUUUGGCUUUUCAUUUCCCGGUUCCAGGGUCAUGAACUUUCUCCGGUUCUUUCUUCCUCCUUUUUUUUUUUUUUUUUCCCCCAAUCACUUCUCAAGCUUAAGUUUUGAAAGCAAAGUGAGGCGCCGCCUUGAGUCCGACUUCAUUCAAACUCGACUCCAUGAAUAAUCUCCCCCGACGCCCUGAUUUGCCGCCAUGUGCCUUAAUUGUCGAUGUUGUCGUUUUCUAAAAGAUGUCACUUUUUGUGUAGUGGAGAUGUUUUUUGUUCACCACAGAUUAACGACGUGUAACGAGGGGUUGUCGUCCUGUCAUUGCGUGACCAGUGUGUCGGCCUUGACCUUGUAUAUUUCUUUGUGUUUGCUCGGUAGCACUUGAGACAGAUUCUCUGCCAAUAUUGCAUUUUGUUUUGUUGUCUUCGGUAAAACUUUUCACUCACAGCUCCUCGAUUCUGGAAUUCAGCUCAGAUCCGACAUUCAAACUUUGAGGGGAAAUCUCUUCCACUUCUGGUUGAGAUUAAAAUACAAUUGAAUUCAAGUUUCCACAGUUUAAAACUUAAUCCUUGAUGUUUUAUCACCUAACAAGUGACGGGAGCUGUUAAAUAAAGGUUUUACCGACCGUUUGUACCAAAGACACUAUAAAACUUUUUAUAUAUCAUAAGGGAUACAAUAAUGCUUGUUGAGGGGGAAAUGUAUGGAAGAUGUACGAUUUUACAGUAAUGUUCUUUUUUUGUAGCGGGACUUAGAGUUUUAUGAAUAAAUAUUUAAGUUUGAUUCAAAA